AGGGUCCUCUCACUUUAUCCAGCACCCGCAGCCCCAGUCAAAAAACAGAGAGUCCCAGGAUACCUACUCCUACUACUACUGUCUCCAGAUUACAACGAUAGAAAAAGGAAAAAGAGAGAGAGAGAGAGAGAGUGGGAGACAGUUCCUAAGACUGACUGAGUGAGCGCUAGCUCCCAUUUUGGGGGUUUCCGAAUAAUAUACCCAUUUGUCUCAAUCCGAUCGACCCGAGAAAAUAUGUGUGCUUUCUCCGAUUCUUGAUCUCAAACCUCAGAACCCUUUUAAUUUUUCAGCCUCAUAUUUCUUCAUGCCUCCAAAAUCUUCAGGUGGUACAGAUGUUGGUACAUUCAUGUAAGCUAUUUUUUGUCAUAUGACCAGCCAACUCAGGAUUUUCUGUCAUAAAUAUCGAUGGUAGCAAAGGGCUAGUGGAAUUAUGGACUGUUUCCAGACUGUUAGUCGUCUUAAGGGUUCUCUAUGCCAUCAGUUAUUAUUUAUCAUCAUUUGGUUAUCCAGUAUUCAAGAAUUGGUGGCAUUGCAGACGCCACUUGAGCCUACUCAAAUUCCUUCCAUGUCAGAGCUAGCAAGUGCACCCCAUACUCAACUGUUUGAUCCCAUAGAGAUAUCACCUGCUGUCAUUCCCCACUACCCAAAUCCUGGUGAACCUUUGCCACCAAUGUUCCCGACCUUUCCGACCAGAUAUGAGCCAGUUCUAACUGGAAAAUGUCCUGUAAAUUUCUCUCUUAUAUCAAGUCUCAUGGACAAAACCGCAUCUGAUUGUUCUCAACCUUUUGCAGCACUUGUAGGAAAUGUAAUAUGCUGUCCACAAUUAAGUAGUUUGCUCCACAUCUUCCAGGGUUUCUACAGCAUAAACUCUGAUAAGUUGGUUUUGCAAGAUGCUGUUGCUAAUUAUUGUUUUACAGAUAUAAUUAGUAUCCUAGCUAGUAGAGGGGCAAACAGUACGAUACCUACACUUUGCUCCGUUAAAUCAUUGAAUCUUACAGGUGGGUCUUGUCCAGUGAAUGAUGUUGCUACGUUUGAGAAAACGGUGAAUACAAGCAAAUUACUCGAGGCCUGCAGCACUGUUGAUCCUCUUAAAGAGUGUUGUAGACCAGUUUGCCAGCCUGCAAUUAUGGAUGCUGCUCUUCAGAUUUCAGGAAGGCAAUUAACAGUCAAUGAGUAUAAAAAUAUGGAGGGGGAGCUUAAUCAUAUUGAUUCUCUCAAUGAUUGUAAACGAGUGGUUUAUUCCUAUCUAUCAAGGAAACUUACGUCAGAUGCUGCAAAUACUGCAUUUCGAAUAUUAUCUGCAUGCAAAGUUAACAAAGUUUGUCCUUUAAGUUUUAAGCAGCCUUCAGAAGUAAUUAAAGCAUGUCGUAAUGUAGCCGCUCCCAGUCCUUCCUGCUGUAGCUCAUUAAAUACUUACGUUGCUGGGGUACAAAAGCAAAUGUUAAUUACAAACAGACAAGCCAUAAUCUGUGCAACAGUGUUCGGGUCAAUGCUAAGGAAAGGUGGGGUUAUGACAAAUAUUUACGAGCUUUGUGAUGUCGACUUGAAAGAUUUUAGCAUCCAAGCAUAUGGACAACAAGGGUGUCUACUUCGAAGCUUGCCCGCGGAUAUGAUAUUUGACAAUGCAACAGGCUUCAGCUUUACAUGUGACUUGAGUGAUAACAUUGCAGCACCUUGGCCUUCGUCAUCCUCAAUUUCAUCAGUGUCUCUUUGUGCACCUGAGAUGUCAUUGCCUGCAUUACCAAAAUCAGAGACUCUAAAAAAUCAUGGUUGUGGUGGUGGAGAGUUAGAACUGCUGGUACCCAUUUUUUCAUUUUUUGUUCUCAGUACAUUGUUGUACUGAAGAGAUUUAGCUGUGGGGUUGAGCUGGUUUGAGUUGGGGGUUUUUGGAAAUUGGAUGUGUGGAUUUUGCAUGUAUAUUUUGAAUAGCCUCUAUGUAUAGCAGCAGCGUUCUCGUUUUCUCCA